AUGGGUCAACAAUACUCUCAACCUCGACCAGGCACCAUGCUCCAAGUCAUUGGCGCCGGUCUUCCCCGCACCGGAACUGCAUCCAUCAGCCGAGCGCUGGAGAUUCUUCUCGACGGUCCCGUAUAUCACGGUGGGACACAAGCCUUUCUCGGCCCAGAAAUCGAAAUCAAGACAUGGAUUCGGGUGCUGAAUCAGUGGCGGCCAGAAGGAAUUUCCAUAAGGCAUUCCAAUCUAGAUCUCAUCAAGGAACGCGUUGACGGGUUCGUCGCCAUCACUGAUUCACCCGGGUCAACGCUUGUGAGAGAAUUGAUGGCAAUUUACCCGGAUGCCAAAGUCAUUUGCACCGUGCGCGAUGUCGAAGCGUGGGAACGAAGCAUGGCGACCGUCAGUACCAAAUCCACCCAAUGGUUUCUUCGCUUCGUCUUAUUCCCUUUACCUUCACUGCGAUACUUUGUCGACUACAUCAAUGCGCUGCGCCAACAGUGGCUUCUGAAGUUUGGAGAAACAGAACCGGUGACGAGUAGUUCGUACAAUCAGCAUAUCACGUGGCUGAAGGAAAAUGUGCCACAGGAUCGAUUGGUGUUUAUAGACGUUCGUGAUGGCUGGGAGCCGUUGUGCAAGGCGUUGGAUCUACCAGUCCCGAAGGAUGUCCCCUUCCCAAGGAUCAAUGAUAGUCAAGCUAUUGAUAGCUUUGCAAAGAAGCACAUUACUAGAGGGCUGGAAGAAGACUAA